AUGAUGAAGCCAGAAGGGUGGGAAACGGUCUUGACCGACGACUCGUCGUUACUUGAGCUCGAGCAUGGCAUUCUUCCUCGCGCAGUCUUUUUGCGCGACUUACUGGGCAACCGCCAAGAAGCUGCCACCUCGGGCUCCGUGACAGGAAGUGGAUUGGCAAUUGGGCUGGCCUGGCCUUGUCCGGUGCGACACGCCGCUCAGCAGACGAAGCAGGGCAAGAAACAGGCCCUCCCCAUGCGUUUAUAG